AUGUGGGAUGUUACACAAUUAGCCUCUUCCAUCGAAGCCGAAGGGUCAUGGACAACCAUGGAAGAUGUUUUGUUAUGCGAGUGUUGGGUCCAAGUUGAUCAUUACCCAAUCAUGGGUAAUGAGAUGAAGUUCUCUUAUAUGUGGAGAAAAAUUCGGCUCAUACGGAAAUGGCCUUGGCUAGUAGGUGGAAAAUUUUGA